CUGCGGAGGCUAACUUCCCAUUGGCCACCAGCGGGAACACAGACAUCCGGUUUGCGCAACGGAAAGCCGGACGCGGAGAUCGCCAUGGUGCGGUUCAAGCACAGGUACCUGCUCUGCGAAGUGGUGUCUGACGACCCCCGCUGCCGCCUGAGUCUGGAUGACAGAGUGCUGGGUGGCCUCGUACGGGACACUAUCGCCCGCGUACACGGAACUUUCGGCGCGGCCGCCUCCUCCAUCGGCUUCGCAGUGCGAUACCUCAAUGCCUAUACUGGAAUAGUGCUUCUUCGAUGCCGAAAGGAAUUCUACCAGCUUGUGUGGUCAGCUCUUCCCUUCAUCACAUACUUGGAGAACAAAGGACACCAUUACCCGUGUUUUCUCAACACCUUACAUGUGGGAGGUACAAUUAGAACAUGUCAGAAGUUCCUAAUUCAAUACAACAGGAGACAGCUGUUGAUCUUGUUGCAGAACUGCACGGAUGAAGGAGAGCGGGAAGCUAUCCAGAAGUCUGUCACAAGAAGCUGUUUACUAGAGGAGGAGUCGGGAGAGGAGGACCUUUCAGAUGGUGGUGAGGAGGCUGCUGAAGCAAUGGAGUGAGCCUCUGCAGGCGGCACUGUGCCUGGGCCUCAGGGCCUUGUUGGAACGACAUUCUGGGAGGCAGCAGCAUCUUCUAUAGUUCACACUGGAUGACUGCCGAUCAGAGGCCAAGUUAGCAGCUCACAAUGGCAGACCUAUUCACAUCAACUGAUGUCACCUUUACCUAGCGUUGCCCGGUCAAGUGGUUCUGCAGGUUGUGGACCCUCUGUGGUUACAGCUAUCUUUGUUUCUAAUUGCCUGACUGAGAGCAUGUUUAAUAAAUUUUAUUUGGCUCCUACAGCAUUUAGCAUAUGUACUUAGGAAGGUCAUGUUUGGCCAAGUCUCUUCCCUCUACCCUUGGCCUCAGUGAGAAGACUGGCUCCCUAUGUGGUACGAGAUGCACAGUCUCUCACUGAGGCCUGUACCCCGAGCCCCUAGGACGGGCCCUAAGCAGUCCAGGUCAUGUGGAGUAGAAGCAUUAAUGAGACACAGCAACUGAACUGGCACAGAUUUACAGCUGGUCUCAGUACUGACCCACAGAACCUUAAAAAUACCAGGUUCCUUGUCUACUUCAUUAGGUAACUUGACAAAAAAUGCAGUUCUAGCACUUUUCUUGAGGGGAAAAAAACUUGGCUUCACCCGACCAUUAUUACAAAGCCAAGUAGCAGCUGCCAAUUUCUGGUAGUUUCUGUAGUCCCAUCCUUCCCUAUUGCCUUAUACCUGCCUGGCAGCUGCAAACAGGUGAGACUGCCACACUCACAGGAAUUAGGAGGGUCAAGAGAUUGUGGUUAGUUCUGAUCUACCUACUAAUGACAUUUCUAGGAUGUUUUCUUGAUAAUAAAAAUGGAUGUCACUCAAAGUCCCUGACACAUGUAACAGAGUUCUG